AUGCUCGGCAAGAUCGCCCUUGAAGAGGCCUUUGCCCUCCCCCGCUUCGAAGAGAAGACCCGCUGGUGGGCUUCUCUCUUUUCCACAGACCCAGAAACCCACGUCAAGGAAAUCACGGACAUCAACAAGAUCCGCAUUGACCAUGCAGACAAGUACGGUGUCGGCUACCAAAUCCUUUCUUAUACCGCACCUGGUGUCCAGGAUAUCUGGGAUCCAGCCGAGGCUCAAGCACUAGCGGUUGAGAUCAAUGAUUAUAUCGCAGAGCAGAUUAAGGGCAGGCCGGAUCGGUUUGGGGCUUUUGCAACACUAUCCAUGCAUAACCCCGAAGAAGCGGCCGCCGAGCUCCGCCGCUGCGUCGAGAAAUACGGCUUUCUCGGCGCCCUCGUAAACGACACGCAACGAGCUGGCCCAGACGGUGACGACAUGAUCUUCUACGACAAUGCCUCAUGGGACGUCUUCUGGAAAACAGCUACAGACCUCGACGUCCCCCUCUAUUUACACCCACGGAACCCCACAGGCACAAUCUACAAUAAGCUCUGGGCUGACAGGAAAUGGCUCGUCGGACCGCCACUCAGCUUCGCACAAGGUGUCUCCCUACACGCCUUGGGAAUGGUAACCAACGGUGUUUUUGACAGACACCCGAAGCUGCAGAUCAUUCUGGGUCAUCUGGGCGAGCACAUCCCGUUCGACAUGUGGCGGAUAAACCACUGGUUUGAGGACCGGAAGAAGAUUCUGGGGCUUGCGGAGACGUGUAAGCGGACCAUACGGGAGUAUUUUGCAGAUAACCUCUGGAUCACAACGUCAGGCCACUUUUCAACCACCACGUUGAACUUCUGUAUGAGUGAGGUUGGGUCCGAUCGGAUCUUGUUCUCGAUUGAUUAUCCGUUUGAGACAUUCCCGGAUGCUUGUGAGUGGUUUGAUGCUGCGGAGUUGAAUCUGGUCGACAAGAAGAAGAUUGGGAAGGAUAAUGCGAAGAAGUUGUUUAAGCUGGGCGCGUAUAAGGAUUCUGAGGCUUAG